AUGUUCGGAUACGAGUGUCUGUACUCCAAAAGUCCCCGCUCCUUCCUCUUCUCCGUUGUCGCCAAUGUCGGCCCCCGCGGAGCCAGCCGCUCUCUAGCCGUGGCCUACCGGCAGGGCAACGAUAAGGACAUCUCCGUAUCAUCUUCGGAACGUGUUGAGAAUGUUGUGGCAGACAUCCUUGCGCUGAUCAAAAUAUUCUCAGAUCCCGCGAACCGCGCGCCACUUGAGGCGGAGAGGGCACUCGCGGAGGGCUGGUAUGGUCGGUCUCAGGGUGAAAACGAGGCUGAGAGUAAUGAGCGGCCUAGCGUUCCAGACAGGCCGCAGCCUCCUUUCGUUAUACCUGAUGGCUCCCAGGAGGAAGAGCAGUCGCAAAUACAGCCCGAGCUGCCAUGGCAUGAUGAUGGGCUCAGCGAGUUUCCCUUUACAACGACCUGCCUUUUGCUGGCAUUAUUGCGUAACGAUAGCGAUUCUAAUGCCACUAAUAGCAUUAGCACGCGCCCCGGCGACGUUCAGCUCCAGCCGUUAUCCACUUUGUUCCGUGCUGACUGCCUCGAGUAUGGCCUUGUCGUUCUCGACAUCUCCGACCUUGACAGCGGCGUUAAGUACGGCAUCGUUGGUUUCCCCGUGCGUUAUAUGGCCGAAGUCUCCUAUUGGUGUGAGACUGGUGGCUGGGAUCCAGUUGAAGACCCCCCGCCUGAGAAGGAGCCUGACACUGUACUUGCCAGCCCGCGGCCUCGAGUGCCGUUGGCUAUUUCUCCGUGGCUACGCAAGUACUUUUACCACAUGAACCUGGAAGAGGACCCUAGGUUCCUGAUACUAAAGAAUACGCCGAUUGUUUAUGCUGCAUCUUUAGACUACUUUUGGCCUUCAAAGUCCACCACCAGCGCUAAAGAUGCAUCGACCACAACACCCUCGCGCUUGACUACGUCAAACGAGCCGCCGCGAAAUGCGCACAUGGACCGCGCCAUCGAUAAUCUGCUGAUUCUCACACAGGAUCCCGCCGAUCUUCACCUCGAUGAGGAGACAAUCGACAAAUUUCAAAAGCUUGCCGAGUUCCGCGAGCAGCUGCGGCGGCGGCUCGCACAAGAGUAA